AUGUCUGCUUUGCUUCCAUCCAAGGAGAUGAGAACGCUUGUUGAAGCAGCCAGGCGCGCUAUCUCAGAACACGGAGCGCCACUUCAAGAAAAAAUUAUGGCAUACAGUACCGGCCCUAUGCCUCACUGGACCUCCGACGUCGCUAUGGGUCAAAGCGCACUGAGUGCUUCGAUUUUGAAUGGGGUUGGCGAAAACAUCCCAAGACAUCUGCUCAACGAGCCAAACGUGCUACAACGAUUUGCCUCCAAGUUGCAAUUUACAGUGGCCGAAUGGGCCUAUUCACUGUUCGACGAAGGACAAGGUCGGGUCAACAUACUUGCUGCUGUAAUCGGUCGAGAAAUAGCAGAGGGAGACAGUGUCUGGAACGAUUUUUCGGUCGAGAUGUUUGCAGAUAUCAAAACAGCAUAUACCCCAGAGUACGUCGCGUCGUGUGUUUGGUCGCAUUAUUUUGCCCAACAGCCCACAGAAAUCUUCCACAGCGCCGAGCUCCAUCCCCUCCGGCCCUUGCAGACGAUCGCGUGA